GUGUCUCUAGUCCAUAUAAAUAUUAUUAUAGCUUUCACCUUAUCUUUUAUAGGUCUAUUAAUAUAUCGAUCUCACCUAAUAUCUGCACUACUUUGCAUAGAAGGUAUAAUGCUAUCACUCUUCAUUUUAAUAGCUCUUGUAGUCCUAAACUCACACUUCACCCUAGCUAGCAUGAUGCCAAUCAUUCUUCUAGUAUUUGCAGCCUGUGAAGCAGCCAUCGGACUAGCUCUACUAGUUAUAAUCUCCAAUACAUAUGGCACUGACUAUGUACAAAAUCUUAACCUUCUUCAAUGCUAA